UCCUGUUGUAAAUAAAAAAAAGAAGCUCAUUACUAGUGAAGUGGUCAAGAAGGGACGCCUAGCCGAAAGAAAAGGGUCUUCUUUUUGCAUCAGAAUUCACACACUGCAGAGAAGCAAAGAAUAACAUCUCUUAUACAUAGAUAAAGAAAUGGGAAAAACUUUGCAGUCACUCCAAUCUCCUCCUUUUCACUAGUUUGGACUUUUUGUGAGUUUCUUAGUUCAUAAGGUUCGUUCGAUCGUGUGAGCUACGAUGAGUUGAUGCAUUGCCCCAGUCCACAAGAAAGGCAGGACUCUUGCUGCUCCAUAAAGACCGGCACAAGGUCUCAGCUCUUGGACAUUUGAGCUUCAGGAGAGCUCUUGGAGACGAGAAUUCUGCAGGGAGACAGAUUCAAAGGUGCUGAGCCAUGUUGUUUGUUAUCUAUGUGCCAGUUUGCAAUGCUUGUGUUUUCCUUGGCUUCAAUCUUAAGAUGUGGAGCAGCAGCUACGGCCAUUUCUAACGGCACAAAGGAAGCAGAUGGGUUUUCUGUCAUUGAAGCAGAAAGAGCUUUCGUCGAAGACGGUAACUAUACGGAAGUUGAAAAAGGAUUGUCGAUGAGGACACUAAGAAUUGAUCCUUUGGAUAGCUUCAAAAAGUAUAAGGGUGGCUAUAACAUCACAAGCAAGCAUUACUGGAGUUCUACAAUUUAUACAGGGAGAUAUGGGUACAUACUCGGCACAAUAUGGCUUCUCAGUGGCUUUGUGUAUGCUUGCAUUCUCGCGGUGGCACGGAGGACUUGUUUGCUCAAAAAGGAAAGGAAACAAAAGAUACUUCCUCUCUCUAAGAGACAUCUUGUCUGGGUAACAUUACUUGGGAUCCUAUUUACAUGCCUAGCCAUAGUAGCAUCUGGAUUAGUACUUGAUGGAUGCUCUAAAUUUCAUUCGAGGGUGCAAUCGGUCAAGAACAUCAUUGUAGAAACAUCAGAAGAGGCUUCACAAACCAUAUUUGAUGUGAUCAAAGCUGUCGAUGACAUGGAAAGUGUUACACCGCAAUAUGGCAGUCUUGGAGGAUCCAGCUAUCUGAAUUCCACAUUGCAAAAUCUUAAUGAUGAAGCUGUGAACAUGCCGCGAAAAGCUGAGAAGAGCAUGGGGAUGGUUAACAGGGCAAUCAACAUUUUGAGAAUGGUGACUAUCAUCAUCAUUGUGCUGAAUCUUGUAGUUAUUCUUACAGUGCUUGUCUUGAGAUCUCUAAGACUAAGACUAAGACUUCACCAGACAUUUUGCCUGGUUAUCAUAAUUUGCUGGCUACUUGCAUUUAUUUUGUGGAUAUUCUUUGGGUUAUACUUCUUCCUAUUCGAGUUCUCUGGUGAUACCUGUGCAGCUUUUGAGGAGUAUCAACAAAAUCCUCAAAAUAGCACCUUAAGCUCAAUCCUACAAUGCAGUGAGCAACUCUCAGCUAAUAUUUUUCUACAUGAUAUCCGGCAAAGAAUCCACGAUACAAUUGACCAGGUAAGUGCAAACAUAUCAGCAGUGAAAUCACUGUCUCUAGUCUGUAACCCUUUUUCUGGACCACCGGAGUAUUCUUAUCAGCCAGGAAAUUGUUCUUCCAACACAAUCAAAAUAGGAGAUGUUCCUCAGGUCUUGAAGGAACAUACAUGCUCAGAUGAUAGUGGAACUUGCAGCCAUGGUAACUUUUUAUCAUCCAUCGCGUACACAAGAGUGCAGGUCUACGCAAGCUCAAUGCAGAAUAUACUCGAUGGAUUUCCUCGCAUGGAAAGACUCGCAAAUUGUCAGUUGGUUAGGGAUGCAUUCUCCAAGAUUCUUGUUGAGAAUUGCAAACCGUUGAAGGAUAAUGCUCACUUGACAUCAACCACUAUGGCGGUUCUAUCAGCCAUCAUGGUUGCUCUUGCUUUGCUUUUGAUUUCUGAAGCUCACUAUCAUGAUGGAUCACACUCUUCUGCUGUCUCUGUAAGACCUCAGCCAAUCUCUGCAGAGAGUCAUAUUGGUCCACAAGUAACUUGUAGUAAAAAUGGAGGUUCAGAUCCAUAG